UUAUUAGUUAACAUUUCUCUUUGAUGGGACAUUUGAAUUUGAUGCGAUGGUGCGAGGUUUUCCGAACUCCUUUGAAGGAGAUUUUAAGGGUGAUAGUGAAUCUGAAGAGGAAGAGAGUGACAUUGAAGAGGAAGAGAAUGAAGUUGAGGCAGGGGAUAGAGAUGGCGGUGAUAUUGCAGCUAGAUCAAAGUAUCUAUCAAAAGUUGCGAAUGACAGCGAUGAGUCUGAUGAUCAGCGGAGGGUUGUUAGGUCUGCAAAAGACAAGAGGUUUGACGAAAUGAGUCUUACUGUUGAUCAGAUAAAGAAUGCCAUGAAGAUUAAUGAUUGGGUCAGCUUACAGGAGAGCUUUGAUAAGCUUAACAAGCAACUAGAGAAGGUGAUCCGGGUCACAAAGUCCGUCCAGGUCCCUAGACUUUAUAUCAAGGCUCUUGUUAUGCUAGAGGAUUUUCUGGCGCAUGCCCUGGCUAACAAGGAGGCUAAGAAAAAGAUGAGCAGUAGCAAUGUUCAAGCUCUCAAUUCAAUGAAGCAAAAGCUAAAGAAAAAUAAUAAACUUCAUGAAGUUGAUAUUGAGAGAUAUAGAGCCAGUCCUGUGUCAGAAGAUGAUGUGGAUAAAUCUGAUGAGAAUGAUGAGGAUUCUGAAGUGGAUGUUGAGGAAGACCCUGCCAAAUUAGCCGCUUCAUGUAAUAUAGUGUCUGAUGAAGAUGAAGAUGAGGAGGAAGGUCAAGAUGAAAAGGGUGGUUGGAAGAAGAAGAGUAAGAGGGAUAAGUUAAUGGACAAACAAUUUAUGCGAGAUCCAAGUGAGAUUACAUGGGAAAUGGUGGACAAGAAGCGUAAAGAAAUAAUUUCUGCUUGUGGAAGGAAAGGAACAGGCAUGUAUACAUAGUUAUAUUUAGAAGGGAAGAUUUUUCUCAGGCAUUUAUACAUAGUUAUAUUUAGAAGGGAAGAUUUUUCUCAAUUACCAUGAA